CACAGACACCGAUCGUCGCCGAUGUUUACAAUAUUUACCGACAAUUAAAUUCCCCGGCCUGAGGUAUCGCUUACUAGUGUCCUGAAUUCCCCGAUUAAUAAGUGCAAUUAAAAGGACUCUUAUUUUUUGUUAAUUAGAUGCGAGCGGACCAUCAGGUGUGCGGAAUCGCGAUUGGCCAGCGUCGAGCUCUGCGAACAUCGGCACCACACCCUAUAGCUCAUCGCACGACGAGGCCGAAUUGUUAUUACUGACAAUCGCUCUGGACGCCAUUAAAUUGUGUGGUUGAAUUUGGGACUUAGAAGCCCCCAUGUGCGGGUGAAAUUUACACGGUGUACAUCACCCCCAGCUUUUACUGAACGCUGAAAAAUCGGCGUAUUUAGUCGACGAGGCAGCGGCCAAUAUUCUAAUCGGGGGACUCGGUCGAACGUCAAUGUGAGAAAAUGGCAUGUUGUUUAAGCGACGAAGCGAAGGAACAGCGCCGAAUUAAUGAGCAAAUAGAGAGGGAGAUUCGGCGAGACAAAAGGAACCAGCGGAGAGAACUAAAGCUUCUUUUGCUAGGUACGGGAGAGAGUGGAAAAAGCACCUUUAUCAAACAGAUGCGAAUCAUUCAUGGCUCGGGCUAUUCAGACUCGGACAAAAGUGGAUUCAUCAAAAUUGUAUAUCAGAAUAUCUUCAUGGCUAUGCACUCCAUGAUUAGAGCCAUGGAUACGUUGAACAUCUCAUACAGUGAUCCAGCCAAUGAGGAAAACGGUCUGUUGGUCCGACAAGCCGAUUUUGAGACGAUUCACACUUUUGAGGAACCUUAUGUUAGUGCAAUUAAGGCAUUGUGGGCAGAUGAUGGAAUCCAGGAGUGUUUUGAUCGCAGGAGAGAGUACCAGCUAACGGACUCUGCUAAAUACUAUCUAGAUGAUGUUGAUCGUAUCGCAAAUCCGAAUUACUUGCCAACGUUACAGGACAUAUUGAGAGUGAGAGUUCCGACGACGGGCAUUAUAGAGUAUCCAUUUGAUUUGGAUAGUAUCAUAUUCAGAAUGGUGGAUGUUGGAGGCCAGAGGUCAGAACGAAGGAAGUGGAUUCACUGUUUUGAGAAUGUAACGUCCAUCAUGUUUCUGGUGGCCUUGAGUGAGUACGACCAGGUCUUGGUCGAGUCCGACAAUGAGAACCGUAUGGAGGAGUCUAAAGCCCUCUUUAGGAUGAUCAUUACGUAUCCAUGGUUCCAGAAUUCCUCAGUUAUCCUAUUUCUUAACAAAAAAGAUUUACUAGAGGAAAAAAUUAUGUUGUCCCACCUGGUGGACUAUUUUCCUGAAUUUGAUGGUCCAAAGAAAGAUGCCCAGGCGGCCCGCGAGUUCAUACUGCGGAUGUUUGUAGAUCUUAAUCCCGACCCAGACAAAAUCAUUUAUUCUCAUUUCACAUGUGCAACAGAUACGGAGAACAUCCGUUUUGUGUUUGCCGCGGUAAAGGAUACAAUUCUACAGUUAAAUCUUAAGGAAUAUAACCUAGUGUGAGCAGAUUCUGGAUGCACGUCAUUUAAAAAAAAACCUGGAGGUCGAAAGGUUAAAUAUGACACUUCGAUCUCAAGUGGUCAAGGUCAUUUUUCACUUUGACCCUGGUCAAUUUUUGCUGACCACACACAAAAAUAACCUUGAAAAGUGUCCUUGGAUAAGAGUUAAAAAAACAUUGAAAAAAAAAAUUACAAAAAAAAGAGAACAAAUGUACUUAAACUGUGUUCUAAUUACGUGUUUAUUUAAUGCGUAUACGCAGACCGUGAGUGGCGUCUAGGAGACUGAGAAUUUUUUUUAUAUAUAUUAUAUAUACAUCUAUAUAUAUGAUUAUAUCUUCAUCAUCUCAAGAUAGGCAGUGACAGGGGGCUACAGGGGGCUGGCUCCACCCUCAAUUUUUCCCCCUCAAAGCAGUUAUUUCCCUCUUUUUUAUCCCCAUUGGUUUUUCCACCCAAAGCAGGUCUACAAUUCUCCAAUUUUUUUUUUCUCCAAAAACGUACGUUUUCUCUCCCCUCAAGUCAACAAGUGACGGAUACAUACAUUGGAUUAUCAGAGGAAGACGAAGGAGAUGGCAUUUUGAUCUGUGGAGCAUAUUCAAGGGAGGAGGCUUUAGGAGCUUAUUAGAUUUUUUCUUUUCAUUUUAUGCAAAUGUGUUGUGUAUAAAUCUGAAGUUUAUAGAAAUAUGUAGAUAAAGAAAGGCUGUGUUGUUGGGAUUUUUUUAAUUUUCUUUCAAAGAGAGAAAAAAAAAUACACUAAACAGGACACUCCAUCAGAAACACCAGUUAUGUCCCCUUCCCUUUUUUUGAUUUUCUGCAACAAUUGUUUAAAAAAAAUUUACCCCCUCCCCCCAGUGUUUCCCCCUUUUUCAUCUACCCCCUUGUACACCUUUUUUUAUGGUGACAGACAAAACCAGUACAAAUUGUGUGUUGUGUAUGUGAUUAAAUAUUGUGGUGUUAUAGUCUCUGUCAAAUUGCCAAGGGGAAGCAACUCCGUUGAAAAGUGGUCAUAAAUUUGUAUUGGUGGACCUAAGAUUACUAUUGGUGGAUCUAAGGAUAUAUGUGAUUACUACUAAACCCUGGCCUGGAUAUUCAUGUCUAUUUUAUAAAUUGUGGCCCAGGACUCGGAGAGAAUGAUUUCUAUUUAAAAUUAAGAAGGACAGAUGUGUUUUUUUCCCAAUUGUUGUUUAGUGUGCAUAAUGAGAAUUUUUUUUAUAUAUAUGAAGAUAUCAAUAUACAGCAAGGAUUCAUUUCCUGAUCUUGAUCUGAAGAGAGCUCCUAUAUGCUUGUAAAGUUGCAACCUUGUUGUAUUUUGACCAUUUCCCAAAUCAAGCAAGUUUUAAACUAAGACUGUGUAAAGCUUUAAAUUGGAGAAAACAUUAGUAAAGUUGACACGGGGCAACAUACAAUUCUAAUGUGUUGCAUAAAAAUAAUGUGUAGCAUAAAUUUCCUUAAUUCAGUAGUCGGUUCUAACUGAAAUGAAUUUUUUGAUGGGAGGUGUAUUUUGAUGGGUAUUAUAAGAACUAAUGCACUUUUGUACAUUUAUGCAUAUGGGAAGCCUUUGAAUGCAACAAAAUCACCUCUUUAUAAAGAAAAUUGUAAUCUCUUAAGCAUUUGAAGACCUGGAUGAAAAUUGACCACAAUUGUUUCUAAACUCUAAGUUACAGCAUAUGGUACUCUUAGAUAUAACUUUUCAGAUGUUCUUGAAAUAUUUAAUUCUUGACGGUAUUUGAUCAAAAGACAAGUUUUUGAUACCACAAAGUAAUAAAUAGCAUUUAGACUUUUGACAUGUCCCCCUAAACUUUGAUUGAAGUGCAGAUUAUUUAUGCUGGUAUGGAUGGUUUGUUGAAAUCUAACUAAAUUUUCAAUGAGUUAAUAUUAUUAAUGUUGUGGAACUCUUCAAUAUUGGAGGUACAAACAAUUCCUGAAAUGUAUCUUUCCUUACAGUAAAUGGACAUGUACCAGGUGUAUCUGUAAUGGUUAAAUGUGUGAAAACAUACAUGGCACAAUUUUUUGCAUUUGAAUAAAACGGUCAGAAUUUAAAAGAAAAAUGUUUUUUUAUUAUAAGAAUGUUUAAAAUCAUUUCUUUUUCUCAACUUGGGAAUAUUCAUUUGAAAUUUGUAUGUAUAGUUGUAUACAUUGUAAUCUACGGUUAGAUAAAAUACUAGGCUGAUGUACGUUAAAUUCAAUCCUUCCUAGGCAGGUGUACAAAUGAUGCAUUGAUAUGUAACUUGUGUAUUCUGGUAAAUAUAGGAGUGAUUUUUUUUUGGUUAAAGAAAAUUGGCUUUUCAUUGGGAUGUGGAGGAAAAUGCAGCUCUUCUGUAAAGAUGAUUCUAAAUUGGAUUGAGUCAUUGUCUCCUAAGAUUUUACCAGGUCAUGUGUUCUCCAUGUUGAAAUAGUUUAUCAUUUUCUGACCAGUCUUGCAUUACGAGUCUAAAAUCUUUGAUGUGCAAUAUAUUACUGUACAAGUUAUGUGUGGUGUUACGAGGUCUGUAGGUCAAUUAUUGGACACUGUAAAAUGUUUAACCAUACUAUGUGUGUGUACAAAUUCGGUAGGUAGAAUUAGGUCAGAGGUCAAAGGUGAUUGUUGGUUUAAUUGUAAUGAAUACUGAUGUAAAAUAAAAUGCUUGUCAUGAAAGACCAUUCAGCUACCUGUGGCAUAAGAUAUACCAUUAAUUAGGAUUAGUAUCCUUAGACAACAAAUUAACUCGGGACUUGUGUAUAUUGUUUUGUAUUAUGUAUCAUUGGUUGACACAAGUCACAUGUCCGACAUGUGCUAUUUUUAGAACAUCGGUCACAUGACGUCACAUCAUGUGACAAAGAUAUUUUUGUUUCUUUUUUUUUUUUUUUUUUACCAAAUGUAGAAUUUUCUACGAUAGGUGUUUUCAUUUGAUGUGUGUGUAAUAUUUCAUUGUCAGUGGAAUUAAUGAUAUAUAAAAUACAAACAAGAACCCCUUAAAAAGAUGUUGUAAAUGUGCAGGGGUGACCUUGUUUAUUUCAUGUACGCGAAGCCAAGAGCGUUAGACUUUGUAAUAUGUGUGUGUUUGUGUGACGUUCACUUUUAUGUGUAUUCGAGAAAGUAUGCAAGUUUAACGAGAGGAAAUGAGAGAGAGAGUUGAUAAGUGUGAUAUUAUAUUUUUUCUGAAUAUUGUUAUGAGUAAUAGGUGUACAAAUAUUUGCUGGGGAGUAUCAUGCAGUGUCAAACUCUACCUUCUAUUACUGACCGUAAAUAGUGUUUACUUAUAUAUUCUAUAUUUCUGGUCAGGUUUACCAAUUGUUACUUUGAUUUGGAAUCUAAAUUUAGAAAGAAGGAAACUGGAAAUUUAUUUUUUUGCUCUUUAAAUCAAACCAUGGUGAAAAAAAAAGGGUUUUUUUACCUUCAGUCUUUCAAAUUUUAUUCUUGAGGAAUUCAGACUUCAGAAAUUACAAUUAUCUUUAAAUUCAAAAAUAAGAAAAUGUAUUUGGAUUUUUUUUUCUAUUUAAUCACAAGUUAAAUUUUCAUGGUUGAAAAUUAAUUUAAUUGUUGAAAAUUCUAGUGUAUGAUUUUUUUUUUCAUGUCUAUUAAAAAAAACCUCAAGAGAAUCAAUGAAAUAGUAGUGCUCUUUGCAUGUCGAUAGAUUUUUACGCUUAAUUUUAUGAUGGAAAAGGGCCGCGUUUUUUAUAUAUAUUUUUAACUGCAGUCAUGUGAACAAGGUGUAUGACUAUAUCACUGCAGAGAAAUGUUUCUUCAUGACAGGUUAACCUGAGUAUCUAUAAGUGUUUGAGAGACCCGGCGAUUUCGAGGCCUGAUUGUGGUUCUCUCGGUUGAUUCGUCAGUCCAUAUUAUUUAUUGUCACCAGUCAAUAAAAGCUUAAACUGUA